GUUAUUUAGAGUUCAUUAUUAUUUUGGUCCUCGAGGAGUGCGAUCGAACAUGAUCGUUUUUUGUGUCAUCAUAGUCAUUUCGGUGGCGUGUGGUCAUAUACCAGACCAGGAUUGGGCUGAACCUAACGGUGGAUCGGAUUACCUAUAUAAACAUCUCCCAGAGGACCGACUGGGCAUAGACAAUAGUUUGGAGCGACUCACUGCCCUCCGUCAAGUGCUAAAUGACAACAAUUUGGAUGCUUACAUCGUGCCUACUGCUGACGCACACAGCUCGCAAUACAUAGCGGCGUCGGACGCCCGACGGGAGUGGAUAUCCGGGUUGUCCGGAUCGUCGGGCACGGCUGUAGUAACGGCGAACUACGCACGAGUGUGGACUGACGCUAGAUACUUCACACAGUUUUAUAUGCAGGUGGACACCGAACACUGGGAGCUGGCUAGACAGGGAAUCGAUCCCGCUAUCAACACCUGGCUGGCUCAAAAUCUGACGGCGAAUAGUGCAGUGGGUGUGGACCCUACCACCUACACGCGCGCUGCUUGGAACACAUUGAAGACGGCGCUGUCAGCCGCUAACAUAGAGCUAGUGGCGACCCCAAACAACCUGGUGGACAUUGCGAGAACUAAUAUUGGUGAUUCCCCACCAGCGAGACCUAGCAAUGACCUGAUCGUUCUACCCAUAGAGUUUUCUGGAAGACAAGCCAGCGAUAAAGUGGCAGAAUUGAUUACUUUAAUACAACAGCGAGGCGCCAUCGCUUUGGUUUUAACUGCCUUGGAUGAAAUUGCCUAUACGCUCAACAUUCGAGGUUCAGAUAUACUAUACAAUCCUGUGUUUUUCUCCUACCUCAUUAUAAGGACUGAUGUGGAAGCGCCUAACAAUGUAAUACUGUUCUGGAGAGAUGGCGUGUUGCCUGACAACAUAACUGCGCACUUGUCUUCGGAGGGGUUGCAUCUUCAAACACAACCUUAUGACCAGAUAUUCACAUACCUGUCACAAUUCUCCGCUAAUUUGCCCGAGAGCAGCGUGCUGUGGCUGUCUGAUGCCGGCAGCCACGCGAUCUACCUCGCUGCUGAGUCUGGAAUCGCAACGAUAUUGUCGUCUCUCUCUCCAGUGGCCAACAUCAAGUGCAUAAAGAAUGACGUCGAACUCCGUGGCUUCAGAACGGCUCACGUAAAGGACGGUAUCGCCGUGGUGCGCGCUCUGAGAUGGGUGGAGGAAGCGGUUGCAGCCGGGGAAACCGUCACUGAACUUGAUUUGUCUAAUAAACUUGCCGAAUUUAGGAGUCAAGAAGCGGACUCGUACGGCCCGUCAUUCGCGACCAUCGCAGGCGCAGGCGAGAAUGGCGCUAUCAUACAUUACAAGCCUCCUGAUGAAGGGUCCAGGGUCAUUGGGAAGGGAGACAUGCUGCUGGUGGACUCCGGAGGACAAUACAAGGAUGGAACAACAGACAUAACCAGGACUCGACACAUGAGCGCGUCGCCGACAGACGCGCAACGCCGCGCGUUCACACGAGUGCUGAAGGGACAAAUUCUUAUGGGAACUGCUGUCUUCCCGAGAGGAAUCCUGGGUAAUAGACUAGAGACUUUAGCUCGCAAAGCGCUAUGGGACGUGGGUCUGGACUACGCGCACGGCACGGGGCACGGGGUGGGGCACUUCCUCAACGUGCACGAGGGGCCCUCGGGGAUCUUGUCCGGAGUUAUAGCUACCGAUCCGGGAAUCGUUGAGAAUAUGAUUUUCAGCAAUGAGCCUGGUUACUACGAGGUAGGGGAGUAUGGUAUCAGGCACGAAGACCUGGUGGAAGUCAUCCUCCUGGACAGUUCUGUUGAUCAUAUUAUGGCGGACAGUUUAGUAGGAGACUUUGGCGGUAUAGGAGCGCUGGGUUUCUACACAAUAUCACUGGUGCCGCAUCAAACUGCUUGUCUGGAUGUCGACAUCCUCACAGACUUGGAGAUUAAAUACAUAAACGACUAUCACGCGAGAGUAUUGAAUACGUUAGGCCCGAUCCUACAACAACGGGAACUACACGACGACUACGCGUGGUUGGAGCGUGAAUGCGCGCCAAUCGCUCGCAGCGCCGCCAUCUUGAUGACAUCGUCGCCCAUUUUGUUGCUAGCUGUCACGUGGCUCAGAAUAUAGAUCUAAGGAAAUAUAAAAUUGAUUUUC